CGGAGGACGCCGCCGCUGUCGCCACAGCUGCCGGCCCGAGGCGCAUCGAGGUCCCCCGGCCCCCCUCCAUCGAGGAGUUCACCAUUGUGAAGCCCAUCAGCCGCGGCGCCUUCGGGAAGGUGUACCUGGGCCGCAAGGCGGGGAGGCUCUAUGCCGUGAAGGUAAUGAAAAAAGCGGACAUGAUCAACAAAAACAUGGUUCACCAGGUCCAGGCAGAGAGGGAUGCGCUGGCUCUCAGUAAAAGUCCUUUCAUCGUGCAUUUAUACUACUCGCUUCAGUCAGCUAAUAACGUCUAUUUAAUAUGUUUAAAUGUUGUGGUGUAUUCCUCUAAUGGGAAUUGUCUGCUGGCUGAGAUGUUACUGAGAAACAGCUAUAAUCAGGGUUUUGUAUUGAGUAUUUCUGGUCAGUUAAUAUUGCUCAGUUGCCCUUUUACUGAUUUCAACUAUAUUCAUGUCUUCAGGGACCUGAAGCCAGACAAUAUGCUUAUUUCUAAUCAGGGCCAUAUAAAGUUGACAGACUUUGGGCUUUCCAGAGUUACUCUGAACAGAGAGAUAAAUAUGAUAGAUAUUCUUACUACGCCAUCAAUGGCAAAGCCGAAACAAGACUACUCGCGUACUCCAGGACAAUUGUUGUCUCUCAUCAGUUCUCUGGGUUUUUAUACUCCUGUUGGAAUGAAAAUGCCAGAGUACAAUUCAAGUCAAUCAUCUGAUAGUCUGCAUGGAGUGGUUUCUCCCUUACCUAUGGUCCAAAAGGAAAAUACCCCUCUCUCGACUAAAUUAUUCAAAACAUAUCUUGAUACUUCUCCAUUAACUCCUGUGAUGCCAGUGAGAAGUUUAACUCCUACUCUACUUCAGUCAAGAAAAAGGUUUGAUACAUACAGCAUCAGUAGUCUGUCGCAUGCAAACCUUUCCAGUAUGGAAUCAGAAUGCUUCAUGAGCCCCAGGUGGGAGAAGGAUGUAGAGCAAAGUGAAGAUGAACACUAUUCUACAACAGGCAGAACAAGUAACAGUGAAUCAGCUACCCUUUCCAAUGUAGAACUAGUGAAUAACAAAGGUAUUAAAGUUUUAAAGAAGAAAGAAAUGGCAGACUCCAGUUCUCCAAUCAGCAGCAAUGCCUCUGGCAGUAGGCAGAAGUUGGGAAGUGAACCUUCUGAUAUAGUAGAUACACCUGUGACCACACUGGAUGUGAAAGGCAUAGUCAGAAAAUGUCUUUCUGAAAAUAAAGUUUGGGAAGAAAACCCCCUUGUGAAUAAAGGAGAUAUGACUAAUGAAACAGCAGAAACUUUCAAUCAACAACAGUCACCUUCAAGACAGAAUGAGUCUGUCAAGCCUAUCGAAGAGGAAGAAGUUUUUGAAAAGCCAGGUGUAAAAAGAAGCUUUGAAUUAGUUGACACUAGUCCUUGUCAGGAACUUAACUAUGUUAAAAAAAGCAAUGCAGAAUAUAAACGUGGCUGUCGGAUCUCAGAAUUUCCAGCAAAUGAAAGGACAGGUUUGACAACAGAAAUUCAGUCCUUAAUGCUUUGUAAUAAUGGAUGCCCACGCGACACCUGCAAAAGCAAGGAAGAAGCUAAGAGUUUUAUUGGCAACCAGCAACCAGUAGAAAAAUUGCUUAAUUCAAUUAUAACCAAAAAUCUUAUGUGUGAUCUGGAUGCAGACUAUGAAAAGGAUGAUAAAAAGGAGUAUGUGAACUCAAGUUUUUUAGGCACUGACAAUGAAAAACCUUUAGGAAUCCUCAGUGCAGAUUCGGACUUAUCAUUUCCUGACGUGUCUGUUAAAGAAAGCCAUUUAGAAAAGCAGCUUUUAGAUUUGGACAAGAGUGUUAAAGACCUCUCCUUUGAGGAACCAAAACCAGAAAACAUGCUGAUAACAUCACCAGAGUCCGGAGAUGCCCCUCAAAAUGGAGAGGAAGCACAUACUGUCCAGGACUGCAAGCCACCUGGUUUGAAGGAAAAGGAUCAUGACCAAAAACACAUGAAAGAGACUUAUCUCGACAUAGGAUCUCCCUCAGAAAAGAUGGUGGAAGCACUGAAUCUCAUUAAAAAAAAUGCUGUUGUUUUUCGAAGUUAUAAUAGUCCAAUUAAUAUAUCCAAUGUAUCCGAGCCAUGUAGCAUGGCUUCCUUGGAUAUAAUGGAUCUUUCACCUGCUUGUAGUGGCUCUUACCCAACAGCUAUUACUCCAUUACAGAAAGGAAGACCGUAUAGGGUCUAUCAGACACCUCAUCGGGGAGAUGCUGGCACACCAUAUAGGACUCCAAAGAGCGUAAGAAGAGGAGCUGCCCCAGCAGAAGGUGAACGAAUCCUAGGGACCCCAGACUACCUGGCACCUGAACUGCUUUUGACAAAGCCUCAUGGUUCUGCUGUAGACUGGUGGGCCCUUGGAGUUUGUCUGUUUGAGUUUCUAACUGGAAUUCCACCUUUUAAUGAUGAAACACCAACACAGGUCUUCCAAAAUAUUUUGAAAAGAGAUAUUCCCUGGCCUGAGGGUGAAGAAAAGUUGUCUGAUAAUGCCCAAAGUGCAAUAGAUAUUCUCCUAACAAUUGACAGUACUAAUAGAGCUGGACUGAAGGAACUGAAGCAUCACCCCCUCUUUCAUGGUGUGGACUGGGAUAAUCUGCAGAAUCAAACUAUGCCGUUUAUACCUCAGCCAGAUGAUGAAACUGAUACCUCUUACUUUGAAGCUAGGAAUAAUGCUCAGCAACUGACUGUGUCUGGAUUUAGCUUAUAGCAUCAAGAUAAGUCGACUUUCUCCAUGGUUUUGCACACUUCCAGGUAGUCCUACAACACUAGUUUGGUCUUAAGUAAGUUUCCUUGCCAAACUUAGAGUGUGUUCUAAGUUAUCGGUCCAGUUUUAUUAUUCUAUCCUUUAAAGUGAAACUACUGUAUGAAACUUAGCUGGUAUCAAGUGCCUUCAUGCUACUUUUAUCUCCCUUACUGCACCUUACUAAGAGGCCAUAGCAUUGUAUUUCUUGGAGCUACUAACACCUGGCAAUGAUGGGGCUUUUCUUACACAUUGAUAUUAACUCCAGUUAGGAGGGGUGAAGUUAUUUCCCAGUUAAACAUAAUAGGAAAAGAACAUAAAUGCUUGCAAACUGUACCUACUUCUACCUUACCUAUUGGUGCGAUGGCAGUCUUGUUUAGGAGUAGUCCUUUCUGACCAGUUAGAAUAUAUAUUGACUCUGCAAACCUGAUGUUUCCAUUCAAGGGGGAAAAUUGAAUCUUCAUGCAGCAUUGAAAUGUCUUCUGUUAUCCCAGGAAGAAUGAAGAGACAGUGGUGUUCAAAGCUAACUUGGCUAGAUGUGCCAUGUGAGAUUAACAGUAACUCCAGUGGUGGUUUUCCUUUCCUAGACAAAUAGGGUAGGGAAGGGAUACUCGGGGCAAGCCUGUUUAAACAAAUGCUCUAUUUAAAUUGUUGCAUUGUAGCCACUUACCAUGUAGGAAGAUGGAUUGAACAGCCUACAUUUUAGCAGUUACUUGUUUUAUAUAGAAAAUGCCAACUAUGUGUUUGUGCUCACUCAUGUCAGAUGAUGGAAAACAAAAAAUCACCUGAGUGUUAGCUAACAAGUGAAGUGUUAUUCAUAUUGAAGCUGCUAUAUAUUAAACACUAUAAUGUACUGCAAAUUAACAGACUGUUCUGUAAACUCACAACCAGAUUUUGGAUUUUACUAGAACUUAAGUUAUAACUGUACAGUCAGUAUUAUAAAUUCUAAUUACGGGAAGUUAUAUUUAAAUCUAUUUUUAAACACAACACAACUUGCAUCUCCUAGGUUUUAGAGAUUUAUUUGUAGGUAAUUCUGUUUAAUAUUUUUCUUGCAUUGGUAUUUAUCUUAGCUGACUUACUGAAUUCAGACUUUCAUUUUCAGGUUUGUAGUUGUUAGCUAAAGAUCACUUGUGCCAGAUGGUGGUGCCAGCCAGUGGCCACACACCAGAAGCUGAGCAUUUUGUGAUUUUUUGCCAAAUGGCUUUUGAGUCUCAUGAACUGAACCUUGCAGGGGGGUGAGUUUUGUCCCUUCAUUUCCCCGGUUCCUGGAAGACAAGACUUAUUGAUGGCAAUCUGAGCAAACAGUGUCUACUAGGCUUCCUGCUGUCCCUUCAGGUAGCUGGGAAAGCAAUGGGAGUAGUGGCAACAAAGGAGAAGCUUCCUAGCAGGACCAAAAGAGAGCUAAUGCUUAACAGCUGUGAAUGAGAAAUCUCAGCUCUAGGUGUGAUAACUCAAACAUAGUGAAAGAAUCCUGGCAAGCUGCAAAGUGUACUGUGAUUCUCACUCAUUCCCUUUGCUAAGGACUUAAGUUUUAGAAAACUUAUAAAUUGUUGAACCUUACUGAAAUUAAUGUUACAUGAAAAGGUGCAGGAGUCAAAUGUAAAGCAUUACUGAAGGAGUAUCCACAGACAAUGCUCUCUUGAAUAUAAAUUCUUUAGCAUUUUUCCUGUGUAUAGUUAAGAGUAUAUAAACUGGGGGAGUAGAAAUACCUUAAUUGCUGGUAAUUUAUGCAAUUUAUUCUUCCAUUUCUAGUAAUCUUGUUUAGGAAAACUAGUCUUACAAGAAUGAAUCUGUUUCAUGCUGAGGAAAAUGCUUGAAAUAUGUGUUAGAAAAUAAUGUAACCUGAACACCACAAUGGGUCUUUGUCUUCAGUACUUUGCAAAUGGUUACAACCUGUUCCCAUUUUGCAGCAUGACACAUUUCCUUCAAAGUGGAAAAAAUUAGUGAUAUGACUUGUUAAAGAUAACCUCUAACACCUUGAAAUAAUUCUUAAUCAGCUGCCAGGGUCAAGUAAGCUUCUAUCUAAACUUUUUCUUGACCAAUUGCAAAGAACUCUGGAACUGCUUCAAAGUCUUUUAGGUAAUCUAAUGCUAGUGUAGACAGAGCUAGAGAUGGUGGUACACCAAAGCACUAGGCAUAAAGAAUCCUGUUAAAUUAGUGUUUUGUUCUUUUAUAAAACCUUCUUAUAAAAACCUUUAUUCUAAAA